AUGGCCCCGAAGCGCCCGGCCGCCGCCUCCGCCGCUCCGGGCUCGGCCUCCGACGAGGCGGACUCGUCCCACGACCACCGCUCCCCGUCCCCAUCUCCCUCCCGCUCCCGCUCCCGCUCCCGCUCCCGAACCAAGACCCCCCCACCCAACACCCACCCGAACGCCGCCGCGCUGUCCUCCACCCCCAUCUCCGCCGCCGUCGACCUCGCGGCCGCCUCCGACUCCGACGCCGACGCCGAGGGCCGGCUCCCCUCCCCGCGGCGCAGCCGCGAGCGCUCCCCCCGCCCCCACUCCGACUCCGACAUCUCCGCCGCCGCAUCCGACUCCGACAACGCCACGCCGCCGCGCCGCUACUCCCUCGUCGACCCUCACAAGACCAAGCCCAUCAGCUCCAGCCCGCGCCGCUCCUCGCAGCGCUCCAAGCGGCCCCGCACCUCCCCGCCCUCCGCGGAGAGGCGGAAGCGGCCGCCGCGGGUCUGGAGCCCCAAGGACGAGAUCACCAUCCUGCGCUCCCUCAUCUCCUACCGCUCCAAGAAAGGUGCGCUCCCCGCGUCCACUCAGGAGACCGGCAAGCUGCACAGCCAGAUCCGUGGCCAGCUGACCGCAGAGGCAUCCACCACCCAGCUCUGUGACAAGGUCCGGCGCCUCAAGCACAAGUUCCGCUUGCUCGUGGCCCGUACCAAGGAUGGGCAGGAUCCGGAAUUGCCGACUGUGCACGAGUGUGACGUCUACGAGCUUAGCAAGAUGGUUUGGGGUGCUGAUGCUGCUGGUAGAGCUGCCUACGGUAAUUACUGGUUUGCGGACAGCGAUGAGGAGCAGAAGAGUGGAGAGAGCGACGGGGAGCGGGAUAUGGAUGGUGGGUGGGAUGGCCCUGACCGCAGGGCGAAUAGACGGCUCAAGGCCAUUACUGUCUCGAACGGGACUGCGAAUACCGUUGCAAUUGGGCACUGCAACAGAGGUGGGAAGGGUGUUGUUGGGAAGGGGAACGGCAUGUACCCAUACCUGUGGGAGGCUGUUGAGGAGCUGUCCAAGGAGCAACCGAGUGGAACGGCGUUCAGGAAGGCCUUCAAUGUGCUUGAAGGGUCUAGGGCACUGGCGAUGGAGGAGAGGCUAGAGAAGUUCAAGCUUUCAGAGAUCAGGCAGCACCUGCGUCGGAUGGACCUGAUGAAGGAGACGGUAAAGAUGGUGCUUGAUGCACUCGAGGGUACUAACUGAGUGGGUUCAAAUUGACAUACUUCUGGAUUUUCCAUGCAUUGUACGAUGAGUACUUGCUCAAAAGGGGUGAUAUUGACAUAAUGUGUCCUUGUAGUUCGUAUAUUAGUCAUGUUCUGAUGUUUUCGUCUUUUGGAUAUAGAUGUUCGGUUGCUUUAACUUAAUGUGCAAGGGUAUGCUUACCUCAACCAAAUAGGUCUAUAACAAGGAGUUGUCGCUUCCUGUCAAACAUUCUGACCUAUGUUGCUUAGAUACUAAUUUAUA